AUGUCCGCCCUCCCUAAUGGCCUCCGUGACAUCAACCGCUUCAUCACAACGCACAACGCAGACGGCAAAGCCAUCUACUCUUCAGAUGUACCCGAGACUUCAAAAUGGGUUGAAAACGGCACAAACAUGAAUUUCUUCCUUGGUUACACCACCCAAGAAUUCCCUGUGUCGUUGAACCCGUCGGAUUUUGGGGAUGAGAUGUCUACGCCGAAGGAUAUAGUGAGUUAUAGCAAGGAACUGGGAAAUCCGCCGGGAUUGGCUAAGAGCACUGGUAAACAAUUACCCUCUUCUUUACCACAUACCUAA